AUGGAAUUACUACCAGAAGGUCAAAGGAAUACUGCCACCGAGGUGACAUGGGAAGACCAACAGAGAAUCAAUAAAUUUUCAACAAUAAUCGCCAAAAAGGACGAGCAAUCAGCCAUACUAGAAAAACUAAAGACCGACAAAGAAUACCUUGAUGAUUUAUCCUUAGAGAUUGAAUUGUUGGAUGAAGACGAAAAAAUCCAGUACAAAAUAGGUGAUGCAUUUAUGCUCCUCAAAGUAGAAAAAGCCGUGGAGAAAAUUGAACAAGACAAUGAAAAAUUGCUGACCCGAAUCAAUGAAGUUUGCGAUUUGAUUGAUUCUUACGAUGAUCAAUUGGGUGAGUUGAAGAAAUAUUUAUAUGCCAAAUUUGGAAAUAAUAUCAACUUGGAACGAUAA